UAGGAGGCGGGCCGGAAAGUUUGUCCGUCGGCCACUGCGGGGACUUGGCCGGGGGAUGCGCACCCGGCGCUCCAGCGUCCCCAGCUCGCUUCGGAGUCCAGCUCGCCAUGGGCCCUGGACCUCCCCAGAUGCUCAAGAGCCAAGAUCCUUCCUCGCUGGAUACCCUCUGUCCUGAGUUCAUUCAUUCAUUUGAUGAGGAAGAAGGGCAGGAGCUACUGAAAUGGAGGGAAAGGACGUUCCCAGCAGAGGUUACAGCUGGCCGACCCUCACUCCUCCUGCCCCUGUGUGCCUCUGUGUCUUUGCUGGGUGGUCUGACCUUUGGUUAUGAACUGGCAGUCAUAUCAGGAGCCCUGCUGCCACUGCAGCUGGACUUUGGGCUGAGCUGCUCACAACAGGAGCUCCUGGUGGGCAGCUUACUCCUGGGAGCUCUCCUGGCCUCCCUGGUUGGGGGCUUCCUCAUUGACCGCUAUGGCAGGAAACAAGCCAUCCUUGGGAGCAACCUGGUGCUGUUGGCAGGUAGCCUGAGCCUGGGCCUGGCCAGCUCCCUGACCUGGCUGGUCCUGGGCCGCUCAAUGGCUGGCUUUGCCAUCUCCCUCUCCUCCAUGGCCUGCUGUAUCUACGUGUCAGAGCUGGUGGGGCCCCGGCAGCGAGGAGUGCUGGUGUCCCUCUAUGAGGCAGGCAUCACCGUGGGCAUCCUGCUCUCCUACGCACUCAACUAUGUGCUGGCCCGUGCCCCCUGGGGAUGGAGGCAUAUGUUUGGCUGGGCAGCUGCCCCUGCGCUCCUGCAGUCCCUCAGCCUCCUCCUCCUGCCUGCUGGUACAGGUGAUGCUGCAGCCCACAAGGACCUCAUUCCCCUCCAGGGAGGUGAGGCCAUGAAGCUGGGCCUGGGGAGCCCAAGAUACUCCUUUCUGGACCUUUUCAGGGCCCGGGAUAACAUGCGAGACAGGACCACAGUGGGGCUGGGGCUGGUGCUUUUCCAGCAGCUAACGGGCCAGCCCAAUGUGCUGAGCUAUGCCUCCACCAUCUUCCACUCGGUCGGCUUCCGGGGGGGCUCCUCAGCUGUGCUGGCCUCUGUGGGGCUCGGUGCAGUGAAGGUGGCGGCCACCUUGACUGCCAUGGGAUUGGUGGACCGAGCGGGCCGUAGGGCCCUGUUGCUGGCUGGCUGUGCUCUCAUGGCUCUAUCGGUCAGUGGCAUUGGCCUCGUCAGCUUUGCCGUGCCCAUGGACUCAGGCCCAGGUUGCCGGGCUGUGCCCAAUGCCACCAAGCUGUCAGGCCUCCCUGGAGACUCCAGCCCACCCAGGGGCCUAUCUCCACUUCUGCUGCCGACAAGCAGCCAGAACCCAUGGCAGCCAGUCUUCCCAACCUCUGAGAAAACCAAGCAUCAUCCCAGAGCUGGGGACCCCCCAGCCCCUCCUGCCUCAGCCCUAUGCACCACCCCACCCCCACCCCCACCCCCUCCUCCUGCCCCUGAGCACAGCUUGCUGCACUGGACCGCGCUGGUCUGCAUGAUGGUCUUUGUGAGUGCCUUCUCCUUUGGAUUCGGACCAGUGACCUGGCUUGUCCUCAGUGAAAUUUACCCCGUGGAGAUCCGAGGGAGGGCCUUCGCCUUCUGCAACAGCUUCAACUGGGCCGCCAACCUCUUCAUCAGCCUUUCCUUCCUCGACCUCAUCGGUGCCAUUGGCUUGUCCUGGACCUUCCUGCUAUAUGGGCUGACUGCUGUCCUAGGCCUGGGCUUCAUCUAUUUGUUUGUCCCUGAAACAAAAAACCAGUCAUUGGCAGAGAUAGACCAGCAAUUCCAGAAGAGACGGUUCACCCUGAGCUCUGGCCGCAGGCAGAGCUCGGCUGGCAUCCAGUACAGCCGCAUUGAGGUCUCUGCAGCCUCCUGAGGAGUCCAUCUGGAAGAUGCUGGAACCAUGGUUUUAGCAGACAGUCUUCAGCUUCCUAUUUGCCUGCGCCCCAGUGCACAAGUUUUAGGGGGUCCUUCAAGAGUCUCCCCUGCUCUAGAAGAAGUCUGUUUGUUGGGGCAAAAGGGGUGAAAAUCUGAGAACCCCAAAGUCUUCAUUUUGAGUCUCGGGCUCUGAGGGUACCCGAGGCUCUGCCUCCUUGCCUCAGUUUCCCCACUGACUUUGCACAUCUCUGCAGUAAUGAACUUAUGAGAACAUCUUAUGAAGACUCCGUUGCUCUGUGGACUUUCCAAAGACUCUCUAGAGUACCAACCCUGGUGGGAAGUCUCUCCUGGUGCCAUCCCUAAAUCCAGCUGAGGAUACUGUAUUCUCUGCUCUUUUUCCCUCCGGCUGGGACUUUUGGGGAAAAGGGAUGCCUGAUUUUUGGCUCUCAGACAACCUCAUUUUGUUCCACCCCUCUAAUUCUCUCACCGGGAAUAUCUAUCAUUCCCCAGCAACUCAGAUGGUCGGGGGAGGCUUGAGUCCUCGUCCUGAUCUGCUGGUGUUCUUGCUGUCCGACCAUGGGCCACAGCCCCCCCUGUAUGUACAAUGGGGGCUCUGAACCAGGCGGUUCUUAAGACCUCUUCUGCCACCAAUGAGCUGGGAUUCUAAGUGCUGACAAUACCACACAUGUUUAGCCUGGGCUCUGCUGUCAAAUUGCUAGUCUCUUAGGGGAGGUAGGUUUAAUCAGGGGAAAGGUGGACACAAUUCCAGAGCUAAAGGCACUAAAGUCCAAGGCCAGAGCUGUUUCCAGGAUAGUGCGAAAGGACUCUGCAGAAAAGUGAUGGGUUUGGGAGCUAACAGACCUGGUUGUUGGCGUGGCCUCCACCUCUUGGUAGCUACUGACCUGGAAGAAAUAACAACUCUCUCAAGCCUCAGUUUCCACAUCUGCAGAAUGGGGAUCCUUGUGUCCCCCACGGUCUAUUUAACCUCGGUUUCUCAUCACUCAUUUAGCUGGACAGGAUGGGGUGAGGGGUGGAUCUCUGUUAACCUUUAACACGCAGGUCCUCCCUUUUGGGGGGGAGAUGGUGGCUGAGCAAGUAGCUCAGGACCCCUCCUAUGUCCUCCUUUCGUCCUGUUUCUAGUUGCUUUAUGCCCAGUGGUGUGUUGGAGCUGGCCUGUGCGGGCUUGGGAAAGCCAACUGCUCAGUUUUCAGGAUUUUUGAAA